AUGAUUCAAUUAAUAGUAUUAUUUUUUUCUCUACAAAGUUGUCUAGCACUUUAUCCAAGUAGUGGAAAUGUGGUUGAACUAACAUCUAGUAAUUUUGAUAGACUGGUAGUUAAAGGAGACGAAGUGUGGGUGGUCGAAUUUUUUGCCCCUUGGUGUGGGCAUUGCCAGAGUUUAGUGCCGGAAUAUACUAAAGCAGCUAAUGCUCUCAAAGGCAUUAUCAGAGUGGGAGCUGUUAACGUUGAUGAACAUAAAGAUUUGGGAGGUAGGUUUAGUGUAAGAGGAUUCCCUACAAUUAAAAUUUUUGGAGCUGAUAAAAACAAACCUGAAGAUUUCAAUGGAGGAAGAACAGCAAAGGAUAUUGUGGAAGCUGCUUUAAAAUCUGCUAAAGCUAUAGUUAAGGGCAAACUUGGUCUUGGUGGUGAUGGAUCUAAAUCUGGAGAUUCUGAUGGUAAAGAUGUAGUCGAAUUGACUGACAGCAACUUUGAUAAACUAGUUGUUCAGUCAGACGAGUUAUGGUUGGUAGAAUUCUUUGCACCUUGGUGUGGACAUUGCAAGAAUCUUGCACCUCACUGGUCCAAAGCUGCUUCAGAACUGAAAGGCAAAGUCAAACUUGGUGCUCUAGAUGCUACCAUACAUCAAGCCAAAGCAUCCCAGUAUGGAGUACAAGGUUACCCUACCAUCAAAUUCUUUGCACCUGGCUCCAAAGAUUCUGCAGUAGACUAUGAUGGUGGUCGUACAGCUAAUGAUAUUGUUGCUUGGGCAUUAGAAAAAUUGGCUGAAAAUAUUCCUGCUCCAGAAGUUAUUCAACUCCUAGAUGAAAAGUCAUUUAAAAAGGCAUGUGAGGACAAACCUCUAUGUAUCGUAUCAAUUUUGCCUCAUAUCUUGGAUUGUCAGUCUGAUUGUAGAAAUAGUUACAUUCAGAUUCUUACCACCAUCGGCGAGAAAUUCAAGAAGAAGAUGUGGGGAUGGGUAUGGGCUGAAGCUGGAACUCAACCUGAGCUGGAAAGUGCAUUGGAUCUUGGUGGAUUUGGAUAUCCUGCUAUGGCUGUUAUUAGCCCUAAAAAAAUGAAGUAUUCCAUACUUAGAGGAUCAUUUUCCAAAGAUGGUAUCUAUGAAUUCUUAAGGGAUUUGUCAUACGGCAAAGGCAAUACUUCUCCAGUAAAAGGUGAAGCUCUUCCAAAAAUCUAUAAAGCUGAACCAUGGGAUGGAAAAGAUGGUGUGCUUCCAGAAGAAGAAGAUAUUGACCUCUCUGAUGUAGAAUUAGAUGAAAAAGAUGAAUUGUAA